AUGCGUCCUCCCAAGACCUCAUACACGGACAGUGUGAGUCUUCAAGAAGGUGCAGCAGCAGAGGACAAAGACAUGAACAAACAGGAAUUGCCGUUUGUAGCGUCUCGGCCCAACACAAAGUCGAUCGAGAGUGCUUGUAGCCAUAAAGCGGCUUUAGAGCAAAAAUCCCAGAUGCGAAGGCACUACACUCGUGCUGAGCAUUUCACAUCCAGCGCCGCCUUGGAUGUAUCUAUCAUGGCUGAAACUCAGAAACAAGAGGAACAAGAAUGGAUUGUCUUCGAUGCUUUUGAGAAGGAAGCAUUUCAGGAACAGCAUAAAAUCGGCCUAAGACGGGCUGACUGUAGGGACAUUCGGAAUCGCUUCGAGGCGCUAGACAAAGAGCAGCGCCGAGCACGAGUCGAAGCUAUCACAGGUUACAGAGAUGCGCAAGAAGCGCUCAGAAAUGCUUUGGACGAUGUUAGAACAGCGCUGAGAUACGAUGGCGAUGUCGAUGUCACCGAGGGAAAAGACCUGAAGAUAUACCAGAAACUUGAGCGAAUCGUUGCGCGUGCAGCUACGACCGCGCGAAACCGGUUGAAUACUCUUUUGGAGACCCUACCUGAACCGACCUAUUUCGUCCAUAAUCACCUGAAUUCGACUGAACUCACCAAGCUUAAAGAUAUGAUCAAGGACGCGGAAGCUGUUACGAAGGGAAAUGCGGCCAAACAAAAAAGAGUCUGGCUUGAAAAGCUCAACACUGCCAAAAGGCGAUCUCAAGCACUGACCGAUCCAGGAUGGACCGGCUAUUGGAAACUGGGCGAGGGACUUUUUGGCACAGCAGACCUUUGGGUGAAACAGAAUACGAAAGGGAAAAUCAUGGAUCGCGUAGUCGUGAAGGAUACUACCAUGCAGCCCAAAUUCUGGAAAGAUCCUUGCCUGUGGAUCAAUGGACUUCCGGACGAUCAGACAAGCAUACCUACGGAGAUACAAUCUUUGUACAACCUGCGGCCACGGAUUGGGUCCAGCAGCGUAGUCAGGAUCCGCAAUUGGAGAAUCGAUAGACCGGAUCAUAUCCACAGGAUAUUCAUGGAGUUCUGCCCCAGAGGUGACGCAGAGAGCCUCAUACUGCCCGAGAACCUUUACCGCAAGCAUGCGAGGUUUGAUAAAGCAAAUAUAGCGGUCAAUGUCAAGGAACAAGGAGUUUUCAUCCCAGAACCGUUGCUGUGGUUUUUCUUCGAGACUCUGACCAAGGCCGCUUUGCUCAUGGAGCGCGGUGAGCUGAACGCGCAAGGUCCCGCACCCUGGGAUCUUAUUGUUCAUCGAGACAUGAAACUGGAAAAUAUCUUCUUUGGAUCCAACACCUCUGGCAUCUGUCGAGGGAAUCCAGAGCCGAAGCUGGGCGAUUUCGGCAUCGCCAUCAUUGCACCAAGCAAAGCUAUUCCCCCGAAGAAGGACCAGGACGGCAAUAAGGUCGAGCGCCAGCCUCAAGAUAUUGAAGAGAUGGGCACUGUUGGAAACAAGCCCCCCGAGCAGUACGAGAAAUACAUGGAGAAAGCUACAUCAACCAAGGCAAACCAGCGAUUCGAACCCUUCAGUACGCUCACAAACAUGUGGGGCGUGGGUAUCAACAUGUACUCGCUCGUAGCAUGCAAACAUGGCCUGACGGCUCAUUUCACGGCGUUACAUGCUGCGAAGUCAUGGCGACUCCAGGAAUCAGACUGGGAUGUGCCAGAGUUCGAUGCGUCAGCACGCGCUCAUUAUAGCGAUGAGCUUCUUGAUCUCAUCCGAGAGUGCUUGGAAUACGACCCAAACAAUAGGCCGAGUCCAGACGAUGUCAUGCGAACGAUACGUCAAGCUACUGCACCAGGCAAGAACGACAAGUCCAAGGGCAUGCGCCUAGCAGAUGCAAGCGAUAUUCGAUUUAUGACUGACCACGGCGUCAACUUCGUAGUCGCUGAUCGAUAUACACCUGGUUCGGAUCUGUGGGCGUGGGAGCCUCCAGCAGGCAGUGAGGCCGUGGACGAUCCUCCGGCACAGCAAGAUUCAGUAUUCCUUGGAGAGAAGGAUUCCUUGGGAGGCAACCCAGGUGGUCCUAUUGGACCAGUCGUGUCUGAAAGUGCACUGGUGGAGGAAGACGACGUCGAGGGAGAUGAGGCGGAAGGCGGUGAUGACCCAGAAGAGCCUGGUGGAGCUCACGAGAAUGCACACGAUCCUAACAUCGGUGGCGGAGCAGAGAAUGAAGAGAAUCCUCCCGAUGAGGGACCUAACCAGGCCAACGAACCGCCCGCGAAGAAAUCUACCAGAUCAUCCAAGAGGAAGGCCCCCGAAGAUGCAAGACAAAACACUUCAUCAAAGCGCCAAAAGAAAAAUCCACCAACCGAGGUGGGACGAGAGGAAGAAGCACCCGCCGUACCGCCAAAGAACAAGCCUGCGCCCAAGGCCACCAAGAAGGGCAAAAAGAAGACGGUUAGCACAUCAAAAGCAGGCAAGAAGAGGCCCAAUUCCACAAACAAGGCUGCCUCGCCAUCCCAGGCAAAAUCCAAUCCUCAGCAAAAAACAUAUGCCCAAGUCGAGGCGCCUGAAGACGGCAAGGCCACGAGGCAGACUCGCGCUGGCAAGCGAAAGAAGUGA